AUAGAGGCUCGCUCCUCCAAGUUCCUAGAGCGACUGCUGUGGCUCCAAGCAGCGGCAGGACCCGCACUUCCGGUGGCGCGAGGGGAGCGGAGCGAUCGAACUGAGGCGGCGGCUGCAGCGCGAAAAUUUGGCUCCAGAGCUGUAGGAAGUGAAAUAUUUCAGAAGAGAACAGUCUCAAGAAAGCAUUUAGUUUUUCACCAUGGGUGUAGGGAAACCUAAAGGAGGGAAGUCUAGGAGAUCAAACCAAAAUAAAGCUUCUGAGAACCAGCGCAAAACAGGCCGGCAGAAGCAGAAAUGGGGAAUGACUGUUAGAUUUGACUCCAAUUUGAGUAGACUACGAAGAAGCUUAGGUGGAAAGCCCUAUAAAUGUGUUGAAUGUGAUAAAAGUUUCAGUCAGCGCUCAACUCUUUUUCAACACCAGAAGAUCCACAGCGGGAAGAAAUCCCAUAAAUGUCCUGAAUGUGGGAAAUGUUUCUUUCAGAGUUCUAAUCUCAUUCAGCAUCGUCGAAUCCAUACUGGGGAAAAGCCCUAUAAAUGUGAUGAGUGUGGAGAGAGGUUUAAGCAGAGCUCAAAUCUUAUUCAGCACCAGAGAAUUCAUACUGGAGAAAAACCCUAUCAGUGUGAUGAGUGUGGCCGAUGCUUCAGCCAGAGUUCCCAUCUAAUUCAACACCAGAGAACCCACACAGGGGAGAAACCAUACCAGUGCAGCGAAUGCGGCAAAUGCUUCAGCCAGAGCUCUCACCUUAGGCAACACAUGAAGGUACACGAAGAAGAGAAGCCUCGUAAAACCCGAGGCAAAAAUAUUAGGGUGAAACGUCCCUUAGGAUCAUCUUGGAAAGCUGGUACAAGAAGAAAAUCAGUGGCUGGUCUCCGCUAAGUAAAGAGCACUGCUUCAGCUCCUGUAAUAAAAGGAAGGGAGAAAGAGGAAAAGAAGGAAAAAGCUCUCUUAGAACUGGAGAUAGUUUAUAAUAGAGCACUUAAAUACUGUCUUUUCUGAGCAUGUCUACAUUGGAAGUUUAAUGUCAUUGGAUGGAAAGACAUUACAUAAGUUCAGCUAGCCUCAUUUCUUUCCUUUUUAUAACAUGGAAAAAAGACUGAAAUUGUUUUAAGAGAAUAUCAGAUCCUUGCUCACAUAUGAAAUUACUUCAUUAUUGUUGAUAAUGUCUAAGUGCAGGAAUUUUAACAACUACUCAGCUGUUCUUAGGACUUCUGUGGAAGGAGUAAGUAGAAAAAAAAAGAAAAGAAAAAGAAAUUUCAUUAGGUCUGGAGUUCUGCAAUAGAUGAAGUUUUUAUGUUUGCACAGUUUUGUAGUUUAUAAACCGUUGGUUUGUAAGUAUGGCUCAAGAUUCACCAUAUUAGAAUGUACUCACGUUUGGAUUUUUAAUCAACAAGACCAUCAUGCGAUGCAGACUGCGUUUGUUUCUUCCUUUUUACAUAAGGACAAUUAGUUAUUGGAAGAGUAUAAUCAUUUUUUUUUUUUUACCAAUUAUUAGUAAGAGAUACUCUAGAAACCAAAGUAAUAACUGAAUUAGAUCACGUCUCCUACUUAUAUACUAAAUCUCUUUGUGAUAGUGUUACACAUCACUUUUCCCUCCAAAAUUGGGGUGAACUUGUUACUGCAUUCUUAUGCCUGCCUGCCUUUCCCUAUCUCUUUUUAGGCUUUUAGCCUAUGUAUUUCCACCAAUCCUAACUUUUCUUUACCUGUUAAUUUAGAUAGAAACUGAGAGAAGUACUAGGACUUCCCUCCACCACCAUCCCAACCCCACCCCCACACAGACACACCACAUGUGCAUGGUAUUUCCAUGUGGUGUCUGGGACUCUCUUCUAACAAACUGAAUUGGCCGUUAAGGUCUAUGUAAAUAAAUAACCACAUUUUACCAAAAAAAAAAAAUUUCAACGUGUUAAUUAGGCAAUUUACAUGCCUCCCUGCCUUCCUCUUUGAGAGUUUUAGAUGACCCUGGUUAUCUUAAAAUGUGAACAACAAAAGUCAUGUAUGGUAAGUGUUAGUGCAUUCGAACUCAUUUGAAAUCUAAGUUGGAAUCCUUUGAAUUAUUUGGAGUCUGGCAAACAUGUUUCUUAACUUCCAUCAGAACAGUGCCAAAAGUGUCAAGACAUUCUGGUCAGCUUUCUUCUUUUUUUUAUUUUCCCUUUUGUUGCCCUUGUUUUUCAUUGUUGUUGUCAUUAUUAUUGUUACUUUUGUUGUUGUUGUUAGAUGGGACAGUGAGAAAUGGAGAGGGGGGGGGAGACAGUAAUGGGGAGAGAAAGAUAGAUACCUGCAGACCUGCUUCACCACCUGUGAAGCGAUUCCCCUGCAGGUGGGAAGCCGGGGGCUCGAACCGGGAUCCUUACACCUUGCGCUUUGAGCCAUGUGCACUUAACCCUCUGCGCUACCACUUGACUCCCUCUGGUCAGCUUUCUGCUUAGGUUUUGAUUUCUUUUGAAUUCUAACAAUCUCCACUUCCUCCUCCUCUUCCUCUUCCCCAUGCCAUCUUUUCCUCUCUGUGUUUUGUAUACUUUGUAAUUAUGACAGUUCCUGUAUUAAUGACAAUAAUCCAUAAAUUUAAAAAAUGGGUGCUAUAGCAUACAACCUUUAUUUUCCUCCUGAGAAUUGUUUUAAUGACUUAGGCAGCAUCUAAAAUCACUGGGUAGCUUGCUUAUUUUGCCUUUUUUUUUUUUUUCUUUUAAUUUCCUCAGACUUGAACUUUGCCUUUCUCCAGGAAAUGCAUUUGAGUGCAGUGUCAUAGAAGAAGGCCAUGUUGGCUAUGGUUUCAUUCAACAGGAUAACCACCAAGUGUUUUAUGAGAAUGAGGUGAUUGCAUUUACUGUCACAAAAGCAAAUAAUCUCACAGCCAAGUUGAUCUGUAGCAGGACUAUUGCUGUGGGGCUAUUUGAGGAAUGUAACUUCAUUGUUAACUUACAGCAGUUUUAUAUCUAGAGUAACUUCUUACUGGAGUCAGUAUCACUUUCUUAAAUUCAGUGAAUUUACCAUUUCAGGCAAUAGACAUGGGAUUCUGCAACAGAGAACCUCUAGUUAAAUUUCAUAAUUUGCAUUUUUGUCUUAGUGGUCUUUCAUAUACUCUACAAAAGCAAAGUAAAUACCCCAUAUUGUGAUGCAUUCCCAGACUCAACUGUAGUUUGCCCUAAAAGUAAAUACAUCACCAAGAUAUCAUAGUCACCAUCCUUGGUAUCUAAUAUGUGGCACUAUAGCCUGUCCUUCCUUUGUAAGCAACUUAAACUAGUGAAUAAGAAUUUCCUGUUGAAAAAAAAAAAUCAUAGUUUUAAACUUCUCUUAGAAAAUUACUAGAUGGUUUUUCCUUUAUACUUUUUUUUCCUAUUUUCCCAAGAGUUUUUCCUCUGGCUAAAAUAAAAUAAUAUUUUCCUUAAUUUUAUGGCCACACUUUUGACAUUGACAAUUUCAGAUUUGAUCCUGGUGCUCCUCUGCCUCUAGUGACAUAUCAGUCAGUUAAUUCUAAGUAAUGGUUAUGCCAAGAUUUUGUUGUUAUUGUUGUUAGUAUGUUGGAGAAUAAACCUAGUGCCUCACCUAUGUAUCCACUUAGCUUUCCUUGCUCACUUACUCUUUCCCUUCCUCCCUCCCUUCUUUUCUCUUUUACUUUAUUGCCACCAGGGUUGUUGUUGGAACUCCGUGCCUGCAUGAUGAAUUUGCCACUCCUGGUGGCCUUUUGUUUUCCUUUUUUAUUUGUUUUUCUUUCAUUUAGUAGGACAAAGAGAAAUUGAGAGGAGAGGAAGAGAAAAAAAAGUACCUGCAGCACGGCUUCACUACUUGUGAAGCUUUAUCUCUUGUAGGUGUGGACUAAGGACUUGAACCCAAGUCCUUGCACAUGGCUACAUGCACACAUUACUGACUGCACCCUCAUGGUACCUCUCCACCAUCCGCAGAGUUCACCCAGUGUCAGCCCUGUUAUAAGAGAGUAUCAGUUUUGAUAAAGUGAAAUUCAAAAAAAUAGUUCCUGAACUCUCUAAGCAUCUAGUUUGAAUCUUCUAAAUUACCUCAACAAGGAUCAAGAAUUUCAUGAUAAUAACAGUUCGAUCAAGAAGGGUUAUUUACAGUAGAAAAACAUCAUUUUAUGAAAUGCAAGUCUUGUAUAAUAAGGCUAUCAGUGUGGAUUCUGGUAAGCCUAUCGCAGAGUAUGAAGUAUUAAGAUAAAACUUUUACGAAGAGAAGUUUAAGAAAAUGGGUACAAUUUUUGGUUUCUGUCCUGAUAAGUGUCUAACCAGUGACUACAUUUACAUAUCAGAAGUCAAGUGAUAAUAAUACCUACUGAUAUAAAAGAUAUUAUUUGAUUGUUUAAAAGUGGUAUUGAGGUGAGUUUUAGAAAGGACCUAUUGGAAGAAGUUAGACGCUUAAGAUGGCAUUGCAAAAUAUAAUUCAGUGUACUUUACAAGCAGGCAUUUGUAGAUGGAGGGGGAAAAUGAGCCUUGACUGCAAAGAAAUAGCAUUAUGGAAAUAAAGUGUGUGUUAUUGAAAAAAGGCUUCGAUGGUUAUAGCCAGUGCUCAGAAGACUGUAGCUUACACUUGAAAAUCUAAUGGUGAACAUGAUGUCCUGUGAGAAUUGUAGGACCUAUUUUCCUCUUAAUAGAAAAAGUUAAUAAUACAUGCCCCAAACAGAUAAUGUUUAAAAGGAAACAUACAGUAUUUUAGCUACUUUAAAAAAAAUAUUUCUUAAGUUUAGUUUCAUGCUGUAAUGUUAGAGUGUGAUUGAUUUGUAGUACCUAUCUUUUAAAGCUGUCCUUUCAGAUUGUACUGUAAUCUAUGAAAUGCUGUAUUUUAGCUUUUCCAUUACACAAGACAAUUACAUAGGUAUUGAUUACAUUCUUUCUCAGACUUUUUGUAAAAAUAAUCAGUAAUAAAAAUGAACAUUUUUUUUGUA